GGACUGGAGGUGCGGGUGCGGUCAUUUUGAUUGUUGUCAGCGAGUAGGGUCGGGCGUGUAUUGUGUGUUAUGAGAUUUGGACCCGUGACACGCGCAACCCGCGACCCGUGACUAGCGCAAGAUCUUGAAAGUGCCGGUGAUGCAAGUCCUAGCUAUCUGCUAUAAAAUCAAGCAAAGUGCGGAAUGAACACAAGCCCUUUCGAGUCCCCAAUCCAUCCGGCCACGUCGUACCAGACGGAUCUCGGGGCCUGGUUUGCCUAUUUCCGCGCACUAUAGCAACAGCCUAAGUAGUUUGGGAAGGGCUUAAGCAGAUGGAUACUAGUAGGGCAGAGGAGUACCGGGCCCUUGCAAACGCGGCGCGGGCCCGCGGCGACUGGCAGGCAGCGACGCAGUACAAUGAGCGCGCAGCAGAGCUGUUCUACAAUGCUUACAAUGCACAUCGUGGCAAUGACGAGCUCGACCUGCACGGGCUGUUCGUCAAGGAGGCCCUAGUGCACGUGGAGCGCCGAGUGAGAAACCUCAGCAGCGGCAUGACUACGCUACGUAUCAUCGUGGGACGCGGCAACCGCAGCGCUGACGGGCCUCGCCUCAAACCCGCGGUGGAGGCCUGGUUGCGGCAGCGCGGCUACGACUUCAAAGAGGACGGCCGGAACAACGGCUGCCUGGUGGUGCAGGUGCAGGGCUCAAGGGCGGCCCGCGUCGAGGCUGUGUGGCAGCAGGCGCAGCAGUACCGGUACACGCCCGCUUACUGGGAGCAGCCGCCACCUGACCCACCCUCGAACGGGGGGCUGCUUUGCGUUGCGAUCGUGGUGGCCCUCGUGGCCUUGGCGGCGUGGGUGUUUGGAUGAGACUGAGGAGGCCCGCAAUCAUGCACCUGGCAUCGUUUUUACGCGCAGUGGGAUACUUUGCACAGUGUCGGCUGCGCACAAUAGACCGUGUACAUGACUGGGUGGUGUGCCGUUGUGGACUCAACAUGCCUAUGCGGAAUAUGAGCGUAUCGGCUGCGGGUGCCGGCCCUGCGGGUGCCAGGGCUUGCUGCUGGCGAUGUGGGAACGUUCGGUUUGGAAGUCGGUAGAUGGUUGAAUAUGUCUGUGUCGCUGCAUCGUCGCUGC